AUGUCUACCAAAGUGGGAAUGGGUGCGUGCUGUCUCUCAGGGGCCGUGCACGAAGGCACCCCCCAAGGUCGGGAAGACACCAUCGGCGGCUUGCCCACCUACGUCGCAGAGCCCGGCGAUAGAUCUACAUCCAAGACCGUAGUCUUUCUCACCGACAUCUUCGGCUGGAAAUUCAAGAACGUGCGACUGCUGGCCGACCAAUACGCGAAAGCGGGAUUCUAUUGCUACAUCCCCGAUGUCCACGAAGGCGACUCCCUCGACAUCGAAUUCCUCCAGGACAUCGAGCCUCCUUUGAAGCAGAAAGAGCAGGAAACCCUUCUGGGAAAGGCGAAAGAGACGGUUGAUGUUAUGGCCACACUUGGUCCGUGGCUGGUUAAACACCGGGAAGCUGUUGCGGAGCCGAUCAUCAGUGGGUUUAUCAAUCAUAUCAAAACGAUACCGGGGACGAACAAGAUCGGGACGAUCGGUUUCUGCUGGGGUGGCCGGUACUCCAUCUUGCAAGCCCACGCCCGUAAAGAAGGCGAGAUCGGCGGUGUCGACGCCGCCUAUGCCUGCCACCCGUCCCUCCUCUCCAUCCCGGCGGACAUCAGCCCCGUCUCGAAACCAACCAGUGUCGCCGUUGGUGAAAAGGACAGCUUGCUCGACAUGAAGGCUGUGGAUCAGCUCAAAGAGGCGCUUGAAAAGACCAGUGUGCCCACAGAAGUGAGAGUCUAUACGAACCAAGUGCAUGGAUUUGCCUUGCGGAGUGAUUGGAGUAGUGAUGAGGAUAAAAAGGCCAUGGAUGACGCAGCGCAGCAGGGAAUUGAUUGGUUUAAUAAAUAUUUGUCUUGA